CUUCGCUCGUACCAGUGCUCUCUGGCGUGAUAGCGGGUAACCUCGUGGAUGAGGCCCCAACACCUGCUGUUCAGCUGCCGCCUUCUUUCAAAGAUGUCCUAUGGCAAGAUGCUGUUGGUAAGCUGGGAUAAACACGAGACCGUGGUGCUGUCGCACCUGUUCCGCUACUUCUCUGGAGAGGCCUUCGUGGACGUGACGGUGUGGUGUCCCGGACGCCGCUUCAAGGCACAUCGAGUCAUACUGUCUGCCUGCAGUGCCUACCUAGAGCGCGUGCUGCUGGAGCAGCCGAGCUGCGGCGGCGAGACGGUGACGGUGGUGCUGCACGGCGUCGAGGCUGAGGACAUGAGCCGGCUGCUGGAGCUCAUGUACCGCGGCCGCACGCACGUGCCGGCCGGCGAGCUGCCGCGCUUCCUCGACACGGCGGCGGCGCUGGGCGUGCGCCUCUUGCAGUCGGCCGCGCUGCGCGUCCAGUCGCAAGAGUCGUCCAUCGACGGUCACCAGGCUGAUGACGUAGCAGCCGACGGUCCGGGCGCCAGCGCCAUGCCGCCCCCGGCGCCGCCACCACUGCCGCCCGCACCGCUGCCACCGCCGCCACCACCUCUGCCCGUAUCCUCUCUGCCACCGACUGCUGACGGCCUGCGCCUUUCGCCACCAGUACUUCCCGCUCCCCUUCCACAACAGCCCUCCACGGUGGACUGGUCCCACGUGCCGCCGCCUCCGCAGAUGCAUCUCCCGGGAGUGAGCUUCCCUCGCCUGCGGGAGCGCGCGGAGCCGACCUCUACGGAGCUGGGCCCACCCGUCCAGAGGCGGGGCGACUCGAACACAGGCUGCGACUCGGGCUACUCGACACCGGCCGGCGUCGCCAAACACGACGCGCCGGCUCCGAUGGCCACCGCCCACGCCGACACUUCUCUCCAGGGUCACGCAGCGCCUGGCAGCAAGCCCCACGGCACGGAUUGCCGCUACGACGCUAAUACGUCCGCCUCCCAAGCAGAAAAGUUUACUGGAUUGUGGGUUGAUCCCAAAGAUGGGAGCACUCCACUCAAAGAGCCGUCCAGUGGGGGAUUCCCAUCGUCGGAUGCCCCCGACCACGAGCAGCAGCAGCGCGCCCGCUUCAGCCCCCCGGACGGCCGCCUCCGCUACGCUGCGGCGCAGCCGCCCUGGAGCCCCACGUCGGCAGCGCUGGUGAAGCAGCUGGAGGAGGUCUCCCUGACGCAACGACCUGCCGCCCAGGCCAGCAGCCCGCCGCGCGUCUUCACCGAGCUGCUGCCGCCGGAGACAGGCUCCCAGCCCAGCGACGGCGCCUCGUUCGCCGUGUCUUCCACAGACGAGCGGCAGGACAGCCAGCGUCCCGAACUCAAACACGAGCGCAGCACGAAGCCUGCCUACGGGGCAAGCGACGAACCACCACUUCAGACGCAGUCGCCGCUGCUUCCCCAAGAUCAGCAGCGACAAUUCUUUGAGGGAAACGCUCCAGAUGAUCCCCCAAAAUUGAAAUCAAAGGACGGAAAGGAAAAUAUUUGCGAGACAUGCUGCAAGAAGUUCGCGACACGUUAUUCGCUCAAGGUACACGAACGUACACAUACGGGAGAAAAGCCGCAUUUGUGUACCCAGUGCGGGAAGCGUUUCAGCCAGCGUCGAAAUUACCGCUACCACCUGUCGCUGCACUCUGGCUCGAGAGAAUUCGAGGCAUCGUGUCCGGAGUGCGGCAAGGUGUUCAGCGACCGGGGCUACCUGAGCUCGCACAUGAAGAUCCACCGCGACCAGCGCGAGUACGCCUGCACCGAGUGCGGAAGACGAUUCAACCAGCGCGUCGCCUACAAUAUGCACAUGCGCACACACUCUGGCGAGCGGCCGCACCGUUGCAACGUCUGCGAUAAGGCCUUCUCCCGCAAGGUGCUGCUCAGCCAGCACGUGCGCACCCACACGGGAGAGAAGCCCUUCGUCUGUCAGGUGUGCGGCAAGCGGUUCUCGGACCGCAGCAACAUGGCGCUGCACGCGAGGUCGCACUCGGGCCUGCGGCCGUACCUCUGCGCGCACUGCGGCUGCAGUUUCUCCAAGAAGGACCACCUGCGCGCGCACGUCGCCUGCCACGUGGGCGCCGUCGCCGCCGACGAAGGCCAGCUCGCCCUGUCGGACGAGUCGUCGCCGCCGCCCGGCGCCCUCGGCCCGCCGCGCAUCACCAGCGUUAUCAUCAGCACGGCGCCCUCCGUCGUCCCUGCCACCACCGUCACCUCCCUACCGCCACUCCAACCGCCACCCCUGCAGCCCCCACCGCCGCCGCCGCCGCUGGCGCCACCACCGCCUCUGCCGAUCUCGCUACCACCACAAAACAUCGGCGCAUCACAGUUCGCCGUCACAUAAUCGUGCCCGAGCGACCGUACUUCUGUAUGUGACGGCGGAUGUCACCUAUACCUCGAGAGAAAUUUCGUCGAGAACUCUGUUCACUGCCCUCUCAGGCACACAUUCACUAAUGCGUAAUACGGCGCUGGAUCAAUCGUUCACCUCGCAAUGCUACGACUACGCUGGUAGCGAAAAUCGACAAAACCGACUUGAAGACCAAAAAACGUUGAGCAUUAAGAUAUAAAACCAAAAAUAUUAGUGUACUCAGGAGCGUACUUAGCCAACAACUGGUGUCAUGGUAAUCUGCUAGAAAAGAAAGUUCACCAUUGCCAUCUUCUUCUCCUGAGAACAACAGCAAAAGUAUAUUGUGAAUGAUUGUAAACUGUGUUAGUGCGGAGUGAUUUGGAGAUUUACAGGUACAUAUGGAAAUAUUAGGUAGCAAGGUGUUGAACUCUAAAGAAAUAACAUAGACUCUUCUUCGCAUGCCUCAAUAAAUAGCUUUAACGUCUACGACAACCAACACCGUCCUAUGACGUUAGAAAAAAACGAAAGCUAAUUAGGAGCUCCGAUCAACUGCCCCUUGUCGCAGUACGUGACCAAUUACCGGCCGGCCGAAGUGGCCGCGCGGUUCUGGCGCUGCAGUCUGGAACCGCGAGACCGCUACGGUCGCAGGCUCGAAUCCUGCCUCGGGCAUGGAUGUGUGUGAUGUCCUUAGGUUAGUUAGGUUUAACUAGUUCUAAGUUCUGGGGGACUAAUGACCUAAGCAGUUGAGUCCCAUAGUGCUCAGAGCCAUUUGAACCAAUUACCGUCUAGUACUGAAAUGCGAGCAGUACAUCCACUGGUUAAGAGGUAAAACUUACGUGUCAUUUAACGAAACGAUAGGGACGGCGAAAAUCAGAUAUAAAUUCACAAACCCUCAGAGGAGUGAAACUUAUAAAAUAACUAGAAAGAGGGGGAAGAAAAACAAAAGGAAUUAUCAACACAUGAUGUAUGGACACCAAUCAGCACACACCGACUAAAGAACGCACUGGAUUCAGCAGCAAGUAUUGUAACCGAACAGUUCAGGACAUAUUCCUCACUUCACCACUACGUAACAUUCUUCUUUAUAUAUAAGACAUUGCUAUAUUAUCGUAUGUUUCAUAUUCCUGUACUCGCGUAUUUUCUUUUUCAUCGAUAUUUGUAAUGUCAAUGAAACAGCGUAAACUUUCGCAAUUCCCAGUAUCUUCAUCUGGGUCUGUGAAACAAUAUCUAUAAAGUUGGCCACAGUGGAAAUCGUACCAUUCUUUGUUGGUGUUAUAGCCACAGUAACAGUUCCUUGCUUAUUUGAAAGUGUACGGUUAUCAAGCAGAAUUAUUUGUCUCAUUGCUUUGUCACACGUUCUUGAUACUCGAAUUUGAGGAUACUGUCGUGUAUAAGUUUCACUUGGUAUCACAUGAACUACUUAAAUUAAUUCAUUAUGUUUUGGGACGAGUGUAUAUGCUGAAAGUCUCAUUUAAUAGGAAAAUCGUCUUCACAUAAAGAGCUUAAAACAUAUCAACUUCUGCGAAGUUCUUCUGAUGAUUGUUAUAUUACGUUAUAAACAACAACUCUGAUCACAUGAAGACUGAGAAGGGAUCAAUAAACUCCACAUCAUAUAAGAAAAAAUUAAAAUAAGUUAUUUUUAUACAAUUCGCGAAAUACGGAUCGUGUAAUGUACCUGCAACGAAAAAUGAACUUAUUGUUGUGUCACUAUUAGAAUAGAAAACGAUAUAUUAUGUCCCAUAUGGUCGUUGUACAUAGGCUUCGAAGAAAAAAUCAAAUAAAAUUGUAUUGAGUUUCCUA